AUGCUGCGAAGUCAAGCGAUACGUCUCAGAGUCGCUGCUCUGCGUCGCGCAUACGCCACCACACCAGGAUCCGUCAAAGCCAACCUUGACCCAAACACACCCACCAUCAAGCACCAGGAAGAGGCAGCCCUGGCGAAAGCUCGAGAGGUGGCAGCGACAUCCAAGGGCCAGUCACCCAAUAGACAAGUGACAUGGUCGAAUCAGCAACAACCAAGAGAUUUGGCGUUCCGAGGACCUCGCUUUGAGCAAACUGAUUUCGAUUUGCAGCCUGCGCCGCAAGCAGCCAUUCAAUUGAUUGCGCAACAACCCAUUCGUAUGUCAGACAAGCGCAUUAUUGCGUGCGACGGCGGUGGUGGUGCACUCGGUCAUCCUAAGGUCUACAUCAACCUCGACAAGCACGGCGAGCCUCAUGCUUGCAACUACUGUGGACUGCGGUUUCAAAUGAAGGCGCAUGCAGCUGAUGAACAUUUGAGUGCGGCUGGCGGCAACUAG